AUGACGGCUGAAAGGAUCAGUGAACAGCUUCAAGAAAAUGGAGAUUAUGAAAGGCUGGCUAAUGACCUAGAAUUCAAAUUGGAGUCUUGUGGGUGGGCGUCGCAGUUGAGAGAUUACACUAGAGGUAUUGCACGAGAAAAUACUGGGAUUGACUUUAAGAAAUUAUAUGAAAUUACUCUGCAUACAGCAACUGAAAGUAUACCCGAUACAGUAAAGAUGGAAAUGAUGAAGGACAUCAAGUCCAGUGUUUUAAAAUUAGCAUCUCCAAAUGAAGCUACAGAUGAUCAGAAAGCAUAA